AUUGAAACGUGUCUGUCAUUCUCUCUCCAAAGUCAUCUUCAUCACCUCGACAAUCUGAUUCUCUCGCCUCUCAACUACCUUUUGCACACCUUGAUACUCCCUACAUUCAAUCUAGCCGCACCGCACUCUAUCGAUUUCUCCCACACACAACAUGAACCACUACCCUGAGGCCUGGGGCAGACCCAGAGACGAUGUUUACGGUCCCUAUGACCACUCCCAUCUCCAGUCAUCGAUGCCUCAAACACAUACACAGUCGCCGGCCGUCACUGGAACCUCAGUCAUUGGAGUCAAGUUCAAGGAUGGAGUAGUUCUUGCAACAGAUAACCUAGCUUCGUAUGGGUCUCUGGCAAGAUUCACAGAUGUCAAGCGCAUUCGGUCAUUCCCACCUAAUACAGUCAUCGGCUUUGGAGGAGAUGUAUCAGACAUGCAAUACUUUGACCGACUACUCAUGUCACUCGAUAUCCGCGAGAAUUACCUUUCAUCUACCGAACACAGCCUCAAUGCAAAGAACCUGCACACAUAUCUGGCCAAGGUUCUCUACAAGAGACGGACGGAUUUCAACCCACUCUGGAAUCACUUGCUAGUGGCAGGUUUGGAUGAGGAAGACCAACCUUUCCUCGCCAGUGCUGACCUCCUUGGCACCACAUUCACCAGUCCAUCACUCGCAACUGGCUUCGGAGCACAUUUGGCGCAGCCGCUCUUGAGAAAGCUAUUCCCCGAGGACGAAGCCAGUGUCAAGGACGUCACACGAGAACAGGCGAUAGAUACUGUCAAAGCAGUGAUGAAGGUCUUAUUUUACAGAGAUGCGCGCAGCAGUGACCAGUACAGCAUUGCCGUUGUGACCAAGGAAGGUGUUGAGUUGAAAGAGAAUGAAAAGCUGGAGGGCCAAAGUUGGGCAUUUGCCGACCAGAUUCGUGGCUAUGGCACACAGGUGAAUUAGAAUUGAUUGUCGACUCAGCUGCUCUCAAGACAAGACCCGAGGUUCUUCGUCCAUUGAAUAUUGUGCCUGGCGUAUGGAAAGAGGCAAGGUCCCAUCGACCGAAAACAACAAAACAAUCAGCAAGAUGUUUGAGGCCAGGAUGGUGGCCCUAUUACGUCGAAAUGUUGAAGCGGCAACUGAUUAGUGGAAAUACUAGUCGAAGCCAUGGCCGUGCCUAGAUUUUCUGCCUGGGAGUCAUAAUGCGAGUCAGGCAUUAGUGUGUUCUGAUUAUAUUCCGGGGCGGAUCUGAUUUGACCAGAGUCUGGUAAAGGAUCGAACCAAUGAGUCAGAGAUCCAGGCAAUGCAACUUGUACCACACUCCAAACAGUAGAUGCACCUAUUGUAGUAUGAACAGCGCCGUUGUGCUUAAUACAUG